AUGCACGACCAGGAGGGUGAUGGCGAGCCAGCGCAUCACGCGCGUCGCCCGAUGAAUGCGUUCCUCAUCUUCUGCAAACGUCAUAGGAGCGUCGUUCGCGACAAAUAUCCUAAUCUCGAGAACAGAUCAAUAACUAAGAUCCUCGGCGAGUGGUGGGCUAACUUGGACAAGGAAGAAAAGGCUUGUUACACAGGUCUUGCUAAACAGUACAAAGACGCCUUCUUCAGCGCCAACCCUGACUUCAAGUGGUACAAGUUGCCCGCGCCACCACUCCGUACGCUGUCGUCCCGGCCCAGAGACUCCAACGAGAAGCCCGUCGAGUCCCCCAACAGUGACCAGAACGACCAAGAACUGGAGAAAACCAACAACAACUCCACCAAGGUAGACUUCAACAAGAAGCCCCGGGAAGAAUCCUUUGAAGCUGAGUCUAAACCACUUUCCAUGUUCACUCCUGGAAAACUGGCUGACGAAGCCCAAAUGGGAGGUCUCAGCAGCCUCCUCGCAACUAAGACUGAUACUCAAAUUACAAAUCCAUAUUACUCACCCCCUUGCUUUAAAUUUAACGCGAUCUCAACACCAGACGAAAAUAGAUCUCAUAACGUAAUAGAGAGGGCCAAAACGAAAGGUGAUGACGACAUACAAAAAUUACAGGGUGUCCUCACCGAAACCUCGAAGAUAUUCGAACAACAGUUGCAAGAGAAGAAAAGAAUAUACUACGGUAUACCGAAAGAUGAGUUCACCAACCAGGAUGUGAUAGACCAAAUAGUCGAUAAGAGAUACUCCAAAGACGAUGAGUACGGCUGCCAGAGGAACUGGUCGGAUGAUGAGAAGAACAUGAGGUCAGAUAGAUCAUGCAAGGGGAAGAGGUACCAGGAGUUCAUGGCUGUUGGGGGUCUCAUAGUAAACAAGCGACAGAAGCGGGACUCGGACAAGCCAGACGAGAACUACAGCGCGACCUGUAGCUGGGAUCCUGGCUGUCUGCGGGAUGACACGAUGGACGACGAGCCGAACAACAGCAACGACAAGCCGGCCGACUGUGACGAUAAAGUCGACACUACGGACAUGCCUGAACCCGACAAUAAUGCCAACAAAACAUUCAAGGCUGCCGACUUUGAUUUAGAUGCUAAAAUUAGAGCCCUGCCUUCACUUAGUCUAGAGAAGUUCCAGCAGAAGAAACGUGAAAACAAACGUAAGAAGAAGACCGUCAACUUGAAACCAAAAGCACUGGAGACAUCGCAGAUAGUCAACUCAGUUCCUAGGUCCAUGAUGGAGGAUAGGCGGGAGACGGCGGAGCACUGGCGGGACACCGUCAUCGGCAGCCAGAAGCGCAAGCCGCGCAAGAUCAGCAUCACGCGGCUGGAGAUCAAUAGCAUGGUGUCGAGCGUGGACCUGGAGGCGCAGCAGAUCAGCCCGCAGAUGAAGAUCGCGACGGAGGCGCCCGCGCCCGCGCUGUGCCGCCAGUCGCCGCUGGCCGGGGACCUGCUGGCGCUGGCCACGCUGGCCGAGGUCGCCUCCAACACCUCCAAGCUGGACGACUCCGCCAUGCACUACAUGACCGCCAAAGCAAGCGACUCCAACGCUUCCAUGGAGUUUGUGCCUCACGGCAGAACAGUGCUGGCUAGGCACCCGGGUCAGAUCUACAGCAAACACAAUACGUCAGCGUCAGAGAACUCCUUGCUAUACAAGCUCACCAACUUUGCCAUCAAGGAUGAGAGUCUACUGGAGCCACGGGACACUGAGGAGCAAGAGUGGUGGUGCAUCCGCGAGGUGUACUAUAAGACUUGUAAUGAUUUAGAAGAUGAACCGCAACAACCGAAAGAUUCAAAGUACGAGUUCAACUCUGAAUCCUUUCGGGCACCGAGUCGUCUCAAAAAUGACUUCAAUAUCUCUAUUAAAUCGGAAUUGAUGAGUGGUAUGAAGAAGAUGGAAGGAGACGGUUUGAACUCUGCCGGUCCAUCUCGUGGUGGUAGCGCUAACAGUUCUAGUAACAUGUCCAAGAAAUUCAACCUGACUUCUGGUUCCGGAAGCAAGAAUUCCAAAACUGGGUUAAAUCCAAAGACUGAUAGCUCUUAUGAAGAGGAGUUAUAUGUUAAAGGGUGUACUGCUGUUUGGUCUAAAGGUCUCAUCUCCAUGCCAGCUACAAAACUCACAGAUCCAGAAUACAGAGAAACAAUAGCUUGCUACACCAUAGAGAAUCCCAUAAAACAUGCAGCUUUCUGCAAUUUCCAUGUUGAUAUCAAGAACACAAUGCUUAUAGAUGCUCUAAAUACUCAGAUUGGUGAUGUAAAGAAAAACAUUAAGAUUGAAGAUACCACAGAACAUAUACAAACUAAAACCAUGCCCGCCAUUUUGUUAAUAGAUAGCAAAUGUAUGAAAGUUUACGCUAAUGAAGGACGAGAAUACAUCACUAGUAUACCGUUUCAAGUGAAAAAAGUUUGGCCUAUGAAGUAUGGAGUUUUAUUAGAAAAGGAGGCUACACCUGUGACUCAGAACUCUGUGCUACCAACCUCCUUUAUAAAAUUAAAUGAAUCUCAGAAUAGUACUUUUUCUAAGUCAAAAUCGAACUUUCCGUUCAACAUGAGUUCUAAGUUGCGACCGGAUUCUGUGUCGGCGUUCGAACAAGAUGUUGCAUUGCCAACUUGCUUCUCAUUAACGCAUCCAUUGGACGAAGUAACUCCUAUACUGAUGAAGUCACCUUCACAAGGACUUCAGUAUUACAAUGACGGAGAUUUACAAAUCAUCUUUGUUAGUUCAAAUCCGAGUAUUAUUUUACUGUACGACUGGAAACUAGGCACUCAUUCACUAUGGAAGAUCAGAAAAACUGUUAGAGAUGAAUGUCUAUCAAUGUGUCCGAAUAUGAAUUCUACUACAACGGUAUUUAGUCAAUCUUGUGACUUUAUGGGAAGUCCGAUGCAGAGCCAGAGGAACGUAACAAGUUGGGCAACUGGUCUGGGUAGUCCAUACCAGUCGAAGAAGUUUCCAAGUACUCCAACUAUGUCCAGAUCUAGAAUCAACAGUCCAAUGGCCAACGUGUUCCAUCAGCAAGGGUUGUCACCUCACGCUUCUAUAGGACAAGCCUCUUACACUUCAAUGAUGGCAAACAAUGGUCCACAGAAUCCUCCAUCAUUACCAUUGUACCCUGAUAUCUGCUUGGAUCAUAUUUGGACGGACACACAAGUAAUUAGAAGAGAUCCUAUUGAGUCUGCAAGUGAUAUGAAGACAUUCUUACAUACAGAUUUAGUUGGUCAUGAUUAUUUGUGUUUUAUAGUGAAAGUGGGAGGUGUGAGUAGAUUACAAAUUGUACGCUUGCAACGAUCUCAUUCGUUGGGACAAACGUCUAAGACGAAUCUCAUGGUUGGAGCGGUUUCCACCAUGUUGGCUAAAGAUGCUGUGGUGUUGGAACAUCUCAAUAUGAUUGCGCUGAUUGAUGAGGCUGGGAACAUUAUCUUGCAGUCUGGGAAUCAUGUUGUUGGGAAAGUCCACGUUGGCGGUGUGCUAGCCCGUCUAAUAGACUCUCCCUACACCAAACGAGCUACCUUCCAGUCUCCCUUCCCCCGUCGCAGCAGUUUACUGCCCAGCCGGUGUAAUGAAACAUCCAACUUUGAUGAUUCAGCGCUCCAUCUACUAUCACCAGUGCCUCAUACUUCCACUGCGAGACACGAGCAAAAGGAAAGCUUAGGACUAUGCGGUCUCUGUGAUGCGGCUGGUUCCCGCAUGACGUUGCAGUUCGAAGCCGGGCCGAUGUACAGGAUAUCUUUACCCCCAUUAACUUGUUCUACUUUAGUCACUCGGUGUUAUACUGCUUUAAGAGCUAUUUUGCCUAAAGAUAUUACUAUGCAGGUUAUAAUAAAAUGGUACGGCGUCCGCAACGCUCCAGGCACACAAGAUCUAACUCCAGACCAAGAAUGGUCAAUGUUCUCGAACCUUCUCCUCUCUCUAAUCGGAUAUGACGUAGAAAAACUACAAACUAAACAAACUGAUGACGUAGACCAUGCAGAGGUCGCCACUAAGAAGCAGAGGACCUCAAGCGAUGGGUCCUCAGACGACUGGGAGUACUUACUGAACUCAAAAAUGCAUAAAGCCAUAGGUCAAUCUUUAUCCAUGUUAAAACUCCCCGUACCAAAUUCAGAUACUCACAGAAAAAACAAACGAUCGAGUACUGAACCGGAAAAAACUGUACAAAUUAACACAAAUUCUAUGCUCUUCCCGUAUAUAUUACAAGUACUAUAUUCGCUACAUUUAGUUUAUGAAGAAUUUAAACUGAACACUCUCCUUUGGAACAACUUGCGACCGUUGUCUUCGUUUUUAUACCAACUGUCGAAGGAUUUGAAAUUGGAUGCCUAUGUCAACCAUUAUUGGUUGGAUUUCCCAACGGAUUUGAACUUGGAAUACGAUGAUGAGUCCCAGAUUUGUGAGGGUAAUUGGAACAAGUUGUGGGAACCUGUAUACUUUAGCCGGGACCCUCCUAACGUGUAUUUGUAUUUGAACUCGAUGCUGAAGGAUUUGGAUGUGGGAUCAUACCCGUAUUUAGCUGAAGUUAAUGAUAUGUCCCGGGAUAUUAUUGAGAUCUUAUCAACAGUGGGUUGUGGCCGUAGUGCCGGUAUACAGACUAUAUCGAGCAGGGACACAGUGGCGGCCAGUAGCACGCCGCGAGCUCGCCGCGAUACUGCCAACUACAGCUCGGCAUACUGCCAGGCGGUCAUCAUGGCCUGUGAUAAAGGUAUAACCCUCAGAGACGUGGACAACCUCCCACCAGCGCUAGGCCUCCUCCUCCUGACAAUAUUCAGUCGCUGCAAGAGUUCCCCUCCAGCAGACUGGCCGCCAGAAGCAUAUAACUUGGUGAUGAGGGAAGACUUGGCCCAUCAGGCAGAGGUCGCACAUACUAUGAAGACUGCGUCCGAUUAUAUGGAGUUCAUAGCAUUAGAAGUACUAGAGACGGACACAGUGUACACGUUGGCUAAGAAACCCGUGGAACCGGCGCGGAGUAACCCUGAAGAUGCUGACGUCAUCACCGGCAUGGAACAUCUUAACACACAACUACUUCACCUGCUGUACCCACGGGAUCAUAGGAUGUUAGAAGUAAUAAACCUCCUCCAGUCAUCGAUUCCAGUGAAUAUAAACCUGACGCAGCGACCUGAAGUAUCAGACCAUGACUUCAUAGAGGAACAGGAGAAGUAUCUGUUUGCAGUCAGCACCAGGACCAUGGCAUUGCCUAUAGCUAGAGGCAUGGCGAGCCUGCGCUGCGUGCCGUGCCCGGGCACGGAGGCGGUGCAGCUGCCGCGCGUGUGUGCGUGGGGCCGCUGGCGGGGCCGCGGCGCGGGCGCGGACGGCGCCGCCCCGCCCGCCUGGCCCGCCUUCCACAACGGCGCCGCCGCCGCGCUGGCGCUCGUGCCGCUCUCCGGCUUCACUAUAGAUUCCGAGUGGGUCAUCUAUAACAAGCCACGGGGUACAGCAGAGAUGUCGACAGAACACGCGGGCUUCCUGAUGGGCCUCGGUCUAAACGGUCACCUGCGGGACAUGCCGUUCAUGAACAUAUACGAGUAUUUAGUCAAGUGCAACGAGAUGAUCAGUGUCGGACUUUUACUGGGGCUGGCUGCUACUUACAGAGGCACGAUGGACGUCCAAGCAACGAAGAUGAUGAGCAUCCACCUGGAGCCCCUGCUCCCCCCUACCUCGAUAGAGCUGGACAUCCAGCAGAACAUACUGGUCGCAGCACUACUGGGGGUGGGGCUCAUAUACCAGGGCACAGCGCAUACACAUUAUGCACAAGUAUUGCUCAAUGAGAUCGGCCGCCCGCCGGGCCCCGAGGCGGAGGCGUGCGUGGAGCGGGAAGGCUAUGCCCUGGCGGCCGGGCUGGCGCUGGGGCUGGUGCUGGCGGGCGCGGCGCGGGCCGGGGCGGCGCGACCGCCCGGGGGGGACACGCAGCACGUCGCGCGACGACUGCGGACGUACAUGCUGGGGGGAGAUAAACUACCGCUGACUGGUACACAAAAAGAUAAAUACAAGCAAGGUUCCUUCGCUGUCCGGGAAGGUGCGACAGUGAACCUGGACGUGACAUCCCCCGGCGCGACUCUUGCCCUGGGUCUGCUAUACUUGCGUACUGGUUGCCCAGCGCGGGCCGCCUGGUUACAACCACCUCGCACUGCUUACCAACUUGACUUCGUUCGACCUGAUCUGCUGAUGUUGAGGGUUAUUGCUAGAGGUCUGGUAUUAUGGGACAGUAUUGAGCCUACUGAGGAGUGGGUGGAGAGCCAAGUACCCGACACCAUAAAACCGUACUGCUUCGUCAAACCCACUGAGGAUAAUAUCGACUAUGAGGCUAUGAAGUAA